GUUCCGUCAUGUUUCAGUGAUGCGCUCGUUGGAGCUUAUGGUGGGUGACCUUGGGGAUUGACUUUCGUUAUGAGAUUUCGGCGAAACUGCUUCUCCGUUGCAUCCGGAACAUACAAAUUCUUGUUGGGCGAGCCAAACUCCGAUGAUACUCCGACAAAAUAAAUAAGCGAGUUAAAGUCCGAUGAAAGCCGCCGUACUCGGUGCAAUGCAUUCCAUAUAUCGUUGCACAAUCGACGACGAUGGAUUCAAAGAUAAUGGACGUCAAAAUGAACGACGAGAAGUCUUCGCAGGUGGCUCCUUCCAACGCAAAAUGGAACACCAAGAACCUAAUUCCACGACUGGCCACGGAUGCUACUGCCGCGUUCGCAUCCGCCGUCACAGUUGCACCUCUCAUCACAAUCAUAGAUAAAGCCAUUAUGGAAAACGCAUCAGGCCGUGCCCCGAUAAAAGAGUCCCUCAGGGCAUCCUUUCGCUCCUUAAUACUAUCCCCGAAAUCGAUGUUCUUCUCGAAACCCUUCGGCCUAAUAUGCAUGCUCUACGGCGGCACCUACCUAACAGCAAACACCCUCGACACCAUCACAUCCACCGUGACCGCCCAGGACGCGACGCUCGUUACUUCUGGCCCCUUAAAAUUCGCUGCCUCCUCCACCGCCAACAUUGGCCUCUGCCUCAUCAAAGACCGCAAGUUCGCACAGCUCUUCGGUCCGAGUGGACCUCCUCGCCCGGUCCCGAUGCCCACCAUGAUACUCUUCGCCAUGCGUGACUGCAUGACUAUCUUCGCAUCGUUUAACAUCCCACCACUAAUAGGCCCGUCAAUGUCGCGACACAUGGGCGAGCUGGAAGAGACAAUUAGCGCACAGACAAUCGCGCAGUUUGCGGCGCCCGCAGCGAUCCAGCUGGUCAGCACACCGAUGCAUUUGCUCGGCCUGGACCUCUACAACAGACCGCAUGGCGAGGGGUGGAGGAGUAGGGCCUCCAUCAUCUGGAAGAAUUGGGGAAUCAGUGCUGCGGCGCGAGUGUGUCGGAUUGUGCCGGCGUUUGGGGUUGGCGGCGUGAUCAAUAAGAACGUGCGGAGUAAGGGAAUGGCGAUGUGGGCGUGAUGAAAAGGGGUUCAUUGGGUACUUGGACUUGUAAUGCUUGGCGAGGCGUUGAGGGCGUUUGGGACUGCUUCAGCAGAGUGUAUGAUUAUUAAUGAGCGGUCUGGUGCAGCAUGGGCAUAGAUGGAGUUCACACAGAGCAUAGCAUAUAGCGUAGUAUAUAGCGUUGUAGAGGCUAGUUUGACACGAAUAGGGGACCAUUAGAUAGGGUCUCCUACAAGAUCCGGAGACAACGAAUGAGACGGAAACAGAAAUAUAUAAUACUUACCACCCUCC